AUGCUUGGAAGAAACAGCGAAGAACACAGACGUACCUCUGUGGUCGAUCAAAUCAUCAUGUCCCGUCAAUCACAUAAAGAACACCUCUCCUCUCUCAUCUCCUCUUCCACAAGUUCUCGUUAUUCCUCUUCUCCGAAUCAAUCAAACAAUUUUCUCUCCAAUGCUCUUCUGACAAGUGGAGAUCAAACACCACCUACAAAUCCCGAAUCUCCACUCACAAUGAAUCUUCCCAUCAAUAAUGAAGAAUACAAUGCCAUGAUGAAUGAAGGAGCUUAUAGUACUUCUCCGACACUCACUUCAAAUACUUUACAAUUUAUCAUUCCAUCCAUUUAUGGAAAACAAGAAGAAAAUGAAGAAGAAAAUAUAUUUGUGUCAAUUAUUAAAAAAUCAUCACAACAGAAUGCUAUUGAGAGUAUUUGUCGAUUGUUGGAGACUCCACAAGACUUGGAAAAACUCGCAGAUUUGAAAGCGAAUACUCAGAAACAAGUAGAAAAAUUAGAAACUCAAGUGUCGACCUUGUCCUCGACACAAAUUGAAGAAGCGGAUCAAGCCAUUCAAUUGAUCAAACAAAUUCGAGGUGAUGUGAGAGAACAACUCGAUGAACGAGUGGAAAAUUCAAUCUUUGGAUUGAUGCGAGAUUUGGGAGAAAAUAACAUGCAAUUGAUCGAACAUUAUGAUGUUGUGAGUGAAAUUUUGUUAGCUCACAAUAAUGUGAGAAAGACGAUUGAGAAAUUAGAGACCUUGACCAUUUUACAAGAUCAAAUUAGAAGAAUUAAGAAAAAAUUAUCAUACGAAAAUGAUAAAUAUGUGUUGAGUGCACAUGAAGAUAUUAUUGCAUUGGAGGAAAUUAAGGACGAUGCUCUCUCUGAAGUGAAAGCAAAAAUCACUCGUUCCGAUUACAAUGACAUUUUUGAAAAAUUUUUCAACAUGAUUGAUGACAUUAGAAAUCGUUUCGAAGAACUCGUUUGGCUUCGAUUGUCAGAUAUUGAAUACACAGCAGAAAAUGAACCUGAAGCCAUUGUAAGAAUUGCAAGAAUUAUCGAAAAAGAAGAAAAUCGAGAUCAACGAAAACAACUCGAAUACGAAGACAAACUCGAAGAGGCCAAACGAAAAAAGAAACAAGGAACGAGUAACAAGAGACUUACGGACUCAAACGACUCGCAAGAAAAAUUGAUUUUAAAACCCAAACUGCGAAACAUGAAAGAAGAAUUUUACAAGAGAAUGCGACAACACGUGGCUGACAAGUAUAAUGAAGCCGUUCAUGAAGCAAAAGGUGCCGACGAUAAAAUUCAAGGACUCAACAUGUUACUCAGUGACAAGUUAAAUGUUGGUGUGACACGUUAUGUUGUGACAUGUUUCCCUCCUUCUUGGAAUAUUUUACCAUUUUUUGCACAGGCCUAUGAAGAGGAAUUAAUCAAAUUCAUUCAAGGACUCACACAGCCAAAAUCUCCAUAUUACAAUAGUUUGUCCAUGGGUGACAAGUUAAAAAUUGUUCGAUGGCUUGAAGACUAUCCAAGUUUAGUGGAUGAAGCGAUUGAAAAACCCUAUGAUUUCUCAACCGAUCGAAAUCGUAUUAUUGGAGAUUAUAUUGGAACCAGGUCCACCUUCAUGAUUGAAUAUACAGGAAAUACAGUUGCUCAGGACUUUAAAAACUUUGAAGAAGUUCCACUCAAUGAGAAUGCAAGAGGAUUUCCAUAUACAGCAGCUUGUGUGGAAGUUUUCACAUUUAUUAAUCAACAAUUGGAUGAAUUGUUAGAAACAGGAAUUGAUGAUAUCAUUCCAACAUCGAUCAGUGGUUUAAAUGCUGCUCUGAGAUAUUUCAUUGAUGCAUCGUAUCAGAGAUUUGAAGAACACAUCACUGAAAUUCCACUGGUCGUUCUAUGUGCUCUCAUGAAUAACAACACCACUAGUGUUGAUUAUUUAACAGUGAUUGAACAACGAACUGAACAUCUCGUCGAAGAAGAUUACAACACCUUGCGUGAACAAUUUCGACGAAAUGGCAUCAAAAUGGCUGAAACUGUCGCUGAACAAGUGGUCAUGAAAGAUGCUCUCACACUCAUGAAAGAUCUUUUCACAGAUUAUUGGAUUACCGUUCCCGACGAAAAGGUCGAAAAAGAAGAACUCAUUGAAUACCUCAAAGAAUGUCCAGUGUACAAAGUUGUGGAAUUAAUUUUCGAACCUUACAUGAGAGAUUUUGAAGAGUUGUUGGAAAUAGAUUUUAGAGAUGUUUUGGUCGAAAAACUUGCAGAAUUGUUCGUGGGUGGAUAUUUAGAAAAAUUAUUGAACUCGAAAAUUAAAUUUAAAGAACCCUUCCAUGCUGCUAAUCAAAUGAAAGAAGAUAUUCGAUUAAUCAAGAGAUUGUUUACAGCAGAAGUAUCCAUUAAGGUCGAAGGAAAAGAAUUUAAUGAACCAAGAAUGGAUUCGGAUGAUUUUAAUGAAUAUUAUGAAGCGAUGAAGAGUGUAUUCAUGCAUUUGAAAGCAAAAACAUCUGAAGACGUCAUGAAAAAUAUCAAAAACAUGCUUGAUACCUAUGAUGAUAUUUCUAUCGAUCUACUUUACAAUCUUCUUGUACUUCGAGAUGAUUUCUCUAAAAAGGAACGUCAAGAAAUGGAACAAAAACUUGAAACCAUGUACAGUGAAUACGAAGACAAAACUAAUCCAAAUGCCAAACUUUCCAUCUUUGGGAAAAUUGACAAAACUCCACCCAACAAGAGACGUAAAACUAAAAAGUCGAAAAAUAUCGUCUAUUCAACGAGUACAAGUUCAGGCAUGCAGAAUUUAUCCGAUAAUGCCUCAAAGAAUGCUCAAUAUGAUUCGAGAGGUAGCAGUAGUGGUGGUGGAGGCGCCUCCAGAAAUAAUCCAAAAUAUGAAGUUCCAGAAGGUGCUGUUAAUUUGAGUGAAUUAUUAGGAGAUGAAAAAUUGGAUUUCUCAUUUGAAGAUGAUGAGGAUGAGGAUUAUCAGAGUGAUUAA